AUCCCGGGAAGCGGAAGGCGGACAGGGGGGCCGCCGCCCGGACCCCUGGCCACGGAGGGGGCUCCACCCCGCCUGCCCGGGAAUUGUAAGGCCCCCGGAGUUCCUGCCCUGCCCUGGCGUGCUGACCGUGGCCCCGGGGAGGCCGCCGGCCCGUGGGCACAAGACGAGGAGGAAACGCCGCCCGGGGCCCAGAGGCGUGUGCGCUCCCGGAGGAUGCUGGGUUUCCUGACCGCUGACAAACUCUGCUGAGAUGAUCGUCCGCUGCAGCUCGCCCCUGGUCCUACUGCUGCUGCUGCUACACACCUUCCCAGCUGGCAGAGCCCAGGUCAACCCAGCUGUGUGCCGCUACCCGCUGGGUAUGUCCGGCGGCCACAUCCCCGAUGAGGACAUCACCGCGUCCAGUCAGUGGUCCGAAUCCACGGCCGCCAAGUAUGGCAGGCUGGACUCGGAGGAAGGGGACGGAGCCUGGUGCCCCGAGACCCCCAUCGAGCCGGAUGACCUGAAGGAGUUCCUGCAGAUCGACCUGCGAGGCCUGCACUUCAUCACCCUGGUGGGCACCCAGGGCCGCCACGCGGGUGGCCACGGCAACGAGUUCGCCCCCAUGUACAAGAUCAACUACAGCCGCGACGGCAACCGCUGGAUCUCCUGGAGGAACCGACAUGGGAAGCAGAGCCAGGACGGGAACAGCAAUCCCUACGACAUCGUGCUGAAGGACUUGGAGCCCCCGAUCGUGGCCAGAUUCGUCCGCUUCAUCCCCGUCACCGACCACUCCAUGAACGUGUGCAUGAGGGUGGAGCUGUAUGGCUGCGCCUGGCUAGACGGCCUGGUCUCCUACAACGCACCCGCUGGGCAGCAACUUGUCCUCCCUGACGGCUCCGCUGUGUACCUCAACGAUUCCGUGUACGAUGGAGCUGUGGGCUACAGCCUGACGGAGGGCCUGGGGCAGUUGACGGACGGGGUCGCCGGGCUGGACGACUUCGCACAGACGCACGAGUACCACGUGUGGCCGGGCUACGAUUACGUGGGCUGGAGGAACGAGAGCUCGCCCCACGCCUAUGUCGAGAUCAUCUUUGAGUUUGACCGUGUUCGCAACUUCACCACUAUGAAGGUGCACUGCAACAACAUGUUCAGCAGGGGCGUGAAGAUCUUCAAGGAGGUCCACUGCUACUUCCGGGCCGAGGCCAGCGAGUGGGAGUCCAGCGGGAUCACCUUCUCGCUGGUCCUGGACGACGUGAACCCCAGUGCCCGCUUUGUCACGGUGCCCCUGCAACACCGCAUGGCCAGCUCCAUCAAGUGCCAGUUCCAUUUUGCCGAUAGCUGGAUGAUGUUCAGUGAGAUUUCUUUCCAGUCAGAUGCCACAAUGUACAACAACUCUGGGACCCUGGCCACCUCCCCUGUGGCACCCACGACCUACGACCCCAUGCUCAAGGUGGAUGACAGCAACACUCGCAUCCUGAUUGGCUGCCUGGUGGCUAUCAUCUUCAUCCUGGUGGCUAUCAUCGUUAUCAUCCUCUGGAGGCAGUUCUGGCAGAAAAUGCUGGAGAAGGCCUCCCGGCGCAUGCUGGACGACGAGAUGACCGUCAGCCUGUCUCUGCCGAGCGAGUCCAGCAUGUACAACCACCACCGCCACUCCGCCUCUCCCAGCGACCAGGGCUCCAACUCCACCUACGACCGCAUCUUCCCGCUCGGACCUGACUACCAGGAGCCGUCGCGGCUGCUCCGCAGGCUGCCCGGACUCGAUCCCGGCAAGGAGGAGCCAGCCUGCAGCCCCGCGGCCAAACCCACCCAGCCCGGCGGCCCCGAGGGCGUCCCGCACUACGCGGAAGCCGACAUCGUGAACCUGCAGGGCGUCACUGGCGGCAACACCUACUCUGUGCCCGCCGUCACCAUGGACCUGCUCUCGGGCAAGGACAUCGCCGUGGAGGAGUUCCCGCGCAAGCUCCUCGUCUUCAAGGAGAAGCUGGGGGAAGGCCAGUUCGGAGAGGUACACCUAUGCGAGGUGGAGGGGAUGGAGAAAUUCACCUGUGAGGACCUCAGCCCAGAUCCGGGGACCAACCAACCCGUCCUGGUGGCUGUGAAGAUGCUCCGGGCAGAUGCCAACAAGAAUGCCAGGAACGACUUCCUUAAGGAGAUCAAGAUCAUGUCACGGCUGAAGGAUCCCAACAUCAUCCGCCUCCUGGCCGUGUGCAUCGCUGACGAUCCGCUGUGCAUGAUCACCGAGUACAUGGAGAACGGCGACCUCAACCAGUUCCUCUCCCGCCAGGAGCCCCGCGGUGCCCCCUCUGCUUCCGCCGCCUCCCCUUCCUCCGCUGCCAGCAGACCUGCCGUCAGUUACGUCAACCUGAAGUUCAUGGCGGUGCAGAUCGCGUCCGGGAUGAAGUACCUGUCCUCGCUCAACUUUGUCCACCGCGACCUCGCCACCCGCAACUGCCUGGUGGGCAGGAACUUCACCAUCAAGAUCGCCGACUUUGGCAUGAGCAGGAACCUGUACAGCGGAGACUACUACCGCAUCCAGGGCCGCGCCGUGCUGCCUAUCCGCUGGAUGUCCUGGGAGAGCAUCCUGCUGGGCAAGUUCACCACGGCGAGUGACGUGUGGGCCUUUGGCGUGACGUUGUGGGAGACCUUCACCUUCUGCCAGGAGCAGCCCUACUCCCAGCUGUCCGACGAGCAGGUCAUCGAAAACACGGGAGAGUUCUUCCGGGACCAGGGCCGCCAGAUGUACCUCCCCCAGCCGGCCAUCUGCCCCGAUCCGCUCUAUAAGCUAAUGCUCAGCUGCUGGAGACGAGAGACCAAAAACCGCCCAUCUUUUCAAGAGAUUCAUCUACUGCUUCUCCAGCAAGCCACCGCCGAGUGACGCUGCCCCCCAUUCCCUCUCCCCCCAUUCUCUGGGGGGGCCUCCCCCUCCCCCACCAACAACCCACCACUUAACUCCCCCCCAAAAGCCACUUCACCUGGACUUUGAAUGGACCCUGGGCAGUGGAGGCUGUUUUUUCCCCCCCUUUCUUUUUUUCCUCUUUUUUUUAUUUUUCAUAUUAAAAAGUCAGAAAAAAAUGGAAAAAGAAAGAUGUCUAGGGCGAAGGGAAUCUAGGCGAGAGAGACCGGGAGCUGAGCUAAUUUAUAAACGUUCAGUGCUCCUGGUUGUAGCUAUGGGGAUUCUCGGACCUGCCCCCACCCUUUCGCUGCUUCUAGGAAAAGGUAACGAAACCCCAAACUGAUGCCCCAAGGGGGGCGGUGGGAGGGGACGUGGGUACUCCCUGGUCGAGUGGCCAUCGUGGGGGCCUGACGUUUGCUGUGGGCAAGGGCCUCCUUGCUCAGCCCUAAGUGGAAGGCUGUCCGGUCCAAGUCAGAGCCCCGAGGAAGGCCGAGGCAGGUGGACACGGGGCGGGUGGACGCAGGGCUGUCCUGAGGGAGCUGGAUGUAGGGAGGGGCGGCGGCUGAGCUGGAGGAAAUGUCCCCCUCCCUUGGAGGCUUCUCUGAUAGACCCCAGUCUGGCGCUGCCCCCCAGCCAGCCGCAAGGCUGACCCUGGCACCGGACAGUGGUGGUCAGCCCCCAGGACCCCCUCACGGUCACUUUGCUGUGAGCUGGUCACCCGGACCUCAGUGUUGCUGGGCUCUGAGCCUGGAGGGAGAGAUGGUGGUCUGUGCCAGGCUCAGCCCCAGGCCCAGUGGGAACUCUUGCACCUGGAUGGGCAGGGGAGGGGAGGAGUGGGAGGGGGUCAGUCAGGUGCCCCUGGUGAUUCCAAAGUGCUUAGAAAGGGGUCAGGGAAGGGAGUGCCUUGAAGAGGCGGAGGAACUGGGGGCCGGGAGGGGUUGCCGUGUGAAAGGAAGAUUGAAAGUUGGGCCGAGGGCUAGAGGGCAAGACGGAGAAGGGGCAGGGAAGAGCCUGCCGGCUAGUGGAAAGACAAGCGGGGAGGCAGAGUUAGCUCUGAGAGAGACUGGAGGAGUGGCGUAGGUGUGAUAUUUAUUGAGCGCCUUUUGAGUGCAAUGCACUGUACAAAGCACUUAGGAGAGCCCAACUGAAGCAAAACCCAUUCCUUGACCAAAGGGAGCUUCCUCUCUAGUGGGGAAGAUUGACUGACAGAAUACUUACAAAGAGGGAGAUGGGGAGAGAUGGAGAUGGCGUGCAGAGCAGAGGCCUGCGGGACUUUUGGUUCUAGAGGGUGGGGCCUCCAGCAGGCCCACGUUCUGUUUGGAAACUUCCAGCUGUCAGGCCGGCCCUCCGCUGGGCCGUGUCGGUCCGCAUUGCUCUUGUCCACUUCGGGUCCCUACCCGGGGGACGUAGCGGCUUGGCACAGCAGGCCCGAGUGUCCUCAGAGGGGUUGUGAACCCUGGGCAUUCUCGGUGAGCGGUGGGUUUUGUGCCCGGGUGACGGGGGGAGAGGCUUAGUUUCUGGGAGAGGGCUUAGCGGCAGGACCCUCCCCCUCCAUUUCUCACUGCUAGCUGGGAAGAGGUGGGCUCCGAUCGCUCAGCUACCACAUCCUUUUCCUCUGUGCCCAGUCCUUCUGCGCUCCCCUCGGGCCUCACGGCCCGGAACUGAUGAUCCCAGUGCUCCAUCUGACCCACCCCCUCCUCCCGGCGCCUUCCCAAACCGCUGUCACCUGGCCUAGCUACCUUUCGCCUGCCCAAGUAGGGUACAGUAUAUACAGUCGCUCUGUUCUGGAUAAAGAGGUGUGUUACGAAAGAUGUAUUUUCUUCUCCUCCUUAUUUAUUCUCUGUAAGUCCACGAUGUAUUUCUGUCCCAUGAUACAAUGUAAAUAAUAUUGAUUAAAGAAAUGACGCU